UUUAUACUGUGGAGACAACCGAGAGAAGCAAACCGACGAUGGCCGAGAGCAAGAUGGGCCCGAACAUCCAGGCCGGAGCCGGAUUCCUCGCCAAGCGGGUGCAGAAGUCUUUGAACCGGGCUCAGGAGAAGGUCCUUCAAAAACUGGGCAAAACAAUGGAGACCAAGGAUGAACAGUUUGAGCAGUGUUCCCAGAGCCUCAACAAACAACAGAUCGAUGGAAACAGGUUGUUUAAAGACGUCAAAGCCUACCAUACAGCGGUAAAAGCCGUGCAUGAGACGUCCAAGAGGCUGUCCCAGACACUGCGAGACAUCUACGAGUCAGACUGGAAUGGAGUGCAGGACCUCUCUGUCAUUACAGAAAGUGAAGACUUGUUGUGGAAUGACUACGAAGAGAAACUGAAUGACCAGAUUGUUCGCACCAUGGAGAACUACACAAGCCAGUUCCCUGAGGUCAAGGAACGUGUAGCUAAACGCGGUCGUAAGCUGGUGGACUACGAUUCAGCACGACACCACCUGGAAGCACUACAGAGUGCCAAGAAAAAGGAUGAAGCCAAAAUAACAAAGGCAGAGGAGGAGUUCAACAAAGCCCAGAAUGUCUUUGAAGAAAUAAAUAACGAGCUUAGGGAGGAACUGCCUGUUCUCUAUCAGAGCCGGAUAGGUUGCUAUGUGACGGUGUUCCAAAACAUAUCAAACCUGAGAGAUGUCUUCUAUAAGGAAAUGAGUGUGCUUAACCGUGAGCUGUACAAUGUGAUGAAGAAACUGGAGACUCAACACUCAGGAAAAGCUUUCAUCAUUAAGGGUCUGAACAGCAUGACAAGCAAGUCGAAGAAGAGAAAGUCCCUGGUCAUUUCCAAUCCCAUCCCUUGCAAUACAGCAUUCCCAGCUGACCACGUCUCCAUCCAUUCGUCCACUGAUGAUGCAAAAGAAGCUGUACCCUCUUCCCCUAUCCAAAGAACUCAAAGCAUUUCUGAAGAAACUAGCCAACCUGAAGAGAGCGGUAGCUCAUCCAAAGAUGUCAACUCGUCAGACUCCGAUCUCAGCUCCAGCGGCACCAACACACCAAAGAGGCAGUCAGUGUGUGACGAGCGCAGCAACAGCACGGGGAGUCAAAGUCCAGAGGAGGCAGAGGCUGCAGCAGAGGCAGAAGAAGCAGAACUUGCUACAAACCAUUCGGAUGACUCCGGGGUGGGCGUACCAAAGUCAGAGGCUGCAAGUCAGGAAGUGUCCAAUCCGUCUGAUUCUGCAGAUAGCGACGUUCCACAGAGUCCAGAGCAGGAGAGUGUGAGUGAUCCACCUUCAGAGGCGGCCAAGCCCAAAGCUCCACCGGUACCUGCCCCACGCGUCUCCUUCCGCUCCACAGAUAAACGACCCCUCUUGAAUGCAAAAGAGCAGGAGGAGGAAAAGGAGGAGGAGAGGGAGGAAGCUUCAGCCAACCAGGAGACAGUUGACUCGGAGGAUGACUCCUGUUCCGACAAUCCACCUGGCUUCCUGUAUAAGGGGGUGGCGUUAGAGAACCAUGCAGCAUCUGAAGAUGGACAGCUGCAGUUUGAUGAGGGAGACAUCAUCCUGGUGCUCGAGGACUCUCAACAGCAGGAAGGCCUGCUGAGGGGGAUCAGGGAGGAGAGCUGGAACCAGCACCGGGAUCUAGAAAAUCACUCUGGGACCUUCUCGGAAAAACUCAUCCAGCCCAUUGAGGCGGAGUGAGGGAAUAGUCACCCCUCAGUCUGUAAUACUCUCUUCUUCCAUUGAGCAGUGGCUGACUCACACUCUCUCUCUCUCUCUCUCUCUCUCUCUCUCUCUCUCUCUCUCUCUCUCUCUCUCUCUCUCUCUCUCUCUCUCUCUCUCUCUCUUUCUCUUUCUCCCUUUCUUUCUCUCCCCCUCUCUCUCUCACACACACACAGGAAGUGAGCCCAUAUGUUUUGGGUGCAGAAGCUGUCCAAACAGAUGACGUGACAAACAGACAGACGUGUAGUUACUUGCAUGCUCCGAUGUUGCAACUUUUGGAACAAAAGUGAACAUUGAAAACAUUUUGUGAGAGAUGUUCAGAUUGAUAAACGUUACAGUAUUUUGCCCUUUUUUUAUCUUUUAAAAUCAUUUAUAUGAAACACUGUGAAACCAAAACUCUUUUUAUAUUGAUGCUAUGCUCUUGUGUAAAAUUUCCUAAUAAAGUUGAAAAUAAAAAACA